AUGCUUGCAGUUUAUGGACUUACAAUCUUGUUAGUUGCUUUUGGCAAAAUUGCAGUGGGGCACACAGUUCCUGGCUACAAUUCACUUCAGCGUCAAGGCAAGAGAGAUACUACUCAGGACAAAACAGAUGAAAUUUUUAGAAACUUGCCUAUACGUGAUGCCGAUUUCAUCAAUGUUCAUUUGCGAAACUUGACGAGCUACAACACUACAAAGUGUGACAAUUGUAAACACCGGGUCAGAUAUGCCCAAUCCCUUCUUGAUGAAUACCCCGACCAGAGCCAUCUUGUUACAUUGCUUUUGUACAAGUACUGUGUAAAGACGGCAAAGAAUCCUGACUCUUGUCUGUACACCGAUUUUUUCAUUACUACUGCAUCCAAAAAUGUUAAUGAAUACGGAGAUCUUGAUAUCACCUCUGACACGGCAGUCAAUUUUUUUGAUAACGAUUUCCAAAACGUUAUUAGAAACUUUAAUACCAGCAGUGAGUUGGAUUUGGAAUACUAUUGUUACUUUAAAGGUCUGAAAGCUUGCCCUUUACCAGAUUCACCGGAUGUCGAUGAAAUGUUUGAUGUUCAAAGUUGGUGGCCCGAAAAGAAGCCAGAAUAUAAUUCACCUCCACAGUACAAAAAUAAUAGCGAAAGAUUUAAUGUUGUCCACAUUACUGAUUUCCAUAUCCAGCCUCGUUACGAAGUGGGCGAAGAGUCCAACUGUACAGAAGUUCCCUGUGGUAUUCCAGAAUCUUUUAACAAGGUUUUACCUGGUAAAGAUUAUAAUUUCACCACUUAUUACAAGAACCUAGCACCUGGUUUUGAAGCAUUCAACUUUUCGUUCUACCCUGAUGCUAGAUACGAUGACCUUGACUAUAUUAAGGGAGAAUACUACGACUUCCCCAAGUACCGUGGUUUCAACUUUGCAAAUGCUCCAGCUACACCAUUUGGUGCUUAUCUUUCUGAUUCUCCCGAGUUAUUGAUGAAUAAUUCUUUAGCUGAAGUAGCCAGGUUCCAUGCUGAAAAGGGUUUUGAAUUGCUCUUAUUCACCGGAGACUUGGUUGAUCAUGAUGGUCUGCAUUGCACUCCAGAAUUUACCAAAAACGCCGAGACAUUGGCAUUUACAUUGAUGAAAGAUUAUUUGGACAAUAUUCCCAUCAUGCCAUCAUUGGGCAAUCAUGAUACUUUCCCAUAUGCUCAAGUUGCACCUUUGGAGUUUGACCACAACCACUCGUACCAAUACAACAUUGACGACAUGGUGAAUCUUUGGAUCAACAAUGAAUGGUUUGAAGGCAAAGAUGCCAAUGAUUUAAAACAACAUUAUACUGGAUUUUCAUAUGUGACCAACCGUGGCUUGAAAAUAAUUGCUUUGAAUUCGAACCCGUACUAUGUUGACAACUUGUGGGCUUUCCUUGACCAAUCAACAAACCCUGACUUGUAUGGAAACUGGAAGUUUUUGGUUGACGAAUUGCUUGAUUCAGAGCUGAAAGGUCAGAGAGUGUGGAUCAUGGCCCACAUACCUCCAAACAAUGCUGAUGUAUUACCCAUACAGUCGAGAAUCUUUGGUAAGAUUGUUGAAAGAUUUUCCCCAUACACAAUUGCAAAUAUGUUUUAUGGACAUACCCACAGAGACCAAUUCACCAUCUUGUAUGCAAACAAUGUCUCUGCUGCAGAUGCUGUAGCCAGUGAUGUUGUCAACAUGGCAUAUAUUGCACAAAGUGUAACACCAUACACCAACUUUAAUCCCUCGUGGAGAUGGUACGAAGUCGAGCACGAAAGUUUUAACAUAAUCAAUGCUUAUAAUUAUUACACUCAGCUUAACGUAACAUUCAACAAUGGCGGAGAAGAACCUCAGUGGGAGCUUGAAUAUAGUGCUAGAGAUGCGUACGACCCCGAGCAUACUUGGCCAGAAGAUGCUCCGUUGAAUGGAACUUUUUUCCAUGAAUACGUUGCCUCUAGAUUGUGGAACCUAUCUGAUGUGGAGUUCAAUCAAGAAUUUAUGGGUUACAAGUACCGAUUGAGUCCACUAACACCAAAUUGUACUACACCAAAUGGUACAUUGUCUAAUGUUUGCUACAAUGACAACAAUUGUUUUCUUUACUUUCAUUCAGAUGACAAUAUUAGAUGUCAGAAGUAA